AUGGCGGCUCGUCGUAAACCCUCAAAAGAUGAAGAUGUACCGAAGAAACAAAAUGGAUUCCCACAAUUGAAAUCCCAUGAAAAACACUCUAAACACUCGCAUGCCACAAAAGAAAACCCAAAAUGUUUCAAAUAUUAUGAACGUCAGGAAGCCCUUUUGGAGGCGUACAAAUUGGAUGAGGAGUGUAUUCUGAAUGGAGGACCGCUUGAGGAUAAAGAAGAAGCAACAAAAGCCGAUCAAUGGGUAUCGACUGUAGUCCUGCUCAUCAACAUUGCUCUUCUAUUCGCCAAAGCUUUCUCAACGUGGUUAACUCAUGGUUCCUCAUUGUCCAUUAUUUCGACACUCCUCGAUUCUGUAGUUGAUAUCACAAGUGGUGUCGCCGUUUGGUAUGCGACGCAUCUCAUUAUCCACACUGAUCUAUGGCAUUAUCCACGAGGAAGAGAAAAUCUCGAAAAUAUGGCUCUUCUUUUUCUUUCAGCUGUGAUGGGUCUCGCUAAUUUGCAAGUUGUCUGGGAUUCGAUCAAAGCUCUCAUAUUCGGCAAACCACCUCCAGACAUCACUCCAGUCUCACUUUUCAUUCUCUUUUCAACGAUUAUCAUCAAAAUAUUUUUAUAUCUCUGGUGUAGUAAAAGAAACUCGAAAAGUGCUCAAGUGUUGGCCACCGAUCAGAGAAACGAUGUUGUAACAAACUCGGUAGUCAUCAUUGGAGCAGCUCUCUCAGAAUAUGUGGCCCCGGUGGCCGAUCCGAUAACAGCUGCAUUUGUCAGUGGGUACAUUGCUUGGAACUGGAUGGAAUUGGUGAAAGAACAAAUGCAUCAACUUUUGGGUGGAAAUUGUUCGCCAGAAGAAUUGUCAAGAGUCGCAAAAGUGUGUAUAUCAGAAAAACACGUGAGAUGUCUAGAUGCACUUCUCGUUUAUCAUGCAGGAAAUAAGGUUCGCGUCGAAGUCCACGUCGUAACUGACCCGGAAAUGACCCUUCGCCAGAUCCACGAUGAACUCAUUGAGCCUCUUACAACAAAAUUAGAAUCUCUUGAAUUUGUUGACAAGGCAUUCGUCCAUCCAGAUCAUGCCCUCGACGGUAAAGACAAA